UCAGAGCAGUCGUUUACCUCUGUUAGUGAUAUCGGCAAAUCUAGCGAAUGUAUCGAUGACAGUUUUCUAUAUUUUCGUAAAGGGUAAAGUGAUUUGCUUUGUAAGAUUUUGAUAAACUAGAAGAAAAUCUUUCAAUUGAUUUGAGAGUGAAUUAUUCUAUUCUAUUUUCCAUGUCAUGAUGUCCCUCAACCUGUCUUUAAGAGCGUAAUUCAGUGAAUGCCAGCCAAGAAACUAAAUUCAAUUCAAAUUUUGAUUUCCAUGUUUUUUCUCUGCACGCCAUCAAGUUUGCGUGGUAUCCCACAGCUGAAUGUAAUGGAGAGGCAGUUUCUCGAUCAGCGCUGCAAAUUUUACUCGUGGCGGUCUGCAGUGGAAAUGCGUGAAUGAAUUAACAAUCUCUUGCGAACAUGUAUAAAAGAAUCGCAUACGGUCAAACAAUUUUUUAUGACACUUUGCGAAGACGUAUUUCAUAAUAUUAAACAUCAAAAGUGCUUGUGGCUUACAAGAAGAAGUUUUUAAGCUACUUUGAAGUAUCUUAGUGAAUAUGAUGAUUGUGGUGGUAAGUUCACAAAAUGUGUCUCCGUCAACCAUAUUCCUCAUCGAGCUAGAACUUUGAAAUGUUGUUUUUUAUUGUCGGAUGCAAAACUCUUUUGAGUGUUUGGCAUAUCUUCCGGCCAUUGAUCAAUAACAUUUGAAGAAGUGCAAAGUAAAAUCUUAUCAUAAUGAGGAUACGUUUCCCAAGCCACCUUAACGGACAAUGCAAUGCCAGGUCCCAUGUAACUGAUCUUUUUGUAUUUUUAUCUUGAUUGUUGUUGUUCUCCAAAGCUCAUCCGAGGGAGACUGGAGCGGGAAGAAUGCAUCGCAAGUUCUGCGCAUGCUCCUCGAUCCUAACAAUUAUGACAAACGGUUUAGGCCUGGAUAUGAGGGUAUGGACAUCUUUCAGUGCUUAAAGGUGAUGUUACACGGGGCGAUUUGCAACGACGAUUUUUAACGCAACACAUCAUUGCAACAUUAUUGCGACAUUGUUUCGAAUGGUUGCAACAUUGUUCCGACAUUGCUACUCUGUGUUGCGCAAAAAAUCGUCGUUGCGAAUGGUCCCGUGUAACAUCGCCUCAACUCUGACCGCCUGGAUAAGCAUAUCACUCUUCCAUCUUGCUAGUCGCUUCGCAGCGUUCUUUGUGUCUUCACGCAACGCUUCUUGUGCGGAGGAGCGUUGUGUGACGCGUGACGACUACUAUCUUGCUAACUUGGUGCGGAAAAAAAAAGGCCUUUCAUUUGCGCAAAUGGUGUACUCAAUGCAUACUUGGCAUACUAGUGCGAUCGGGGUCUUGGAACAUAUUAUAACUAUUAAUAUAAAAUUAUAUUAUUUACUGCUUCAACUAUUUCACCUAUACGUGAUCAAAAGAGCACCUCCUAACCUAUUUCUCAGUUCAAGACUUAAAAGGGUUUUCUUUUUCUGAGAUACUGGGAACAAAAUAUCUCACACGCCCCGAGAAAUUGUUUAAAAGGCCACAGAAGGUAAGUAUUAAUAACACAUUUGAUUUUAGAUUAAUAAAUUUUGACUGAAUGCCUACGAGAAGACGCCUUCAGCCACCGUGCUUAACUUAUAUUUUCACAUGGACACCGACUCCACCCUCUGCAUGCAGCCCACGUGAAUAGGCUAUGGUUGUUUUAGAUUUAUAUAACUUGUUGUUUUCGAAUGAUUUUGGCCCGGCUGAGACGCCAAACUUUUCAUGAGCCGAACUUAAUACUCGCCCCAUGAAAGGGAAUUCGGAUUCCGGAAUGCGGAAAAUUUUUGCUUGUAACAUCUGGAAUCCCCAAAAAAUUUUGCUUGCGGAAUCCGGAAUUACGAGCUUUGGAAUCUGGAAUCCAUCGCUGGGAAUCCGGAAUCCCACUAACGAUUGUAAUCCAGAAUCCACUUCCACUGAGUAAGACUGAAAUCCGGAAUCCAUUGCGUGGAAUAUAGAAUCCAAGACUGUCUUGGAUUCACUUACAUGGGGUGAUAAUACAUUGAAUUAAUGGCUCUUGACUGAAUUAAGUACAUGAAAAGUUUGGCGUCUGAACCGGACCUUAAUAAGCACUCGUUUUUGUUUCACAGGAAAAGCUGUGAAAGUUUUAGUGACUUUGUUCGUAACUUCGCUAGGUGGACUUGAUGAAAGGGAAAUGGUAAGAAACGACUCACUUUACUGAGCGUCCAAAAAGUGCAGUGACACCAUCCGGCAUGCGCUUUGACUUCAAAGCUGUCGCUAAGCGCGAAGCGCAGUUAACGCGAGCGCACGCGCGCAGGAGAGACAAAAUACCAUUUUAAACUAGCUCUACAAUUCUCUUUCAAAGGCCGCGCGCUUCCAUUAAUCGAGCCGACGUUUUACCGGUCUCAUAAGUGCGAAGAACACAUGGUUUUUCGCACGCUGCGCUGUUAACCAGCAACGACUCUUCGAUAGAAUGGUCACACUUUAGGAUUCUUUUCACAGGAUUUACAUUCUUUUCCAUGUGAAAACGCUCGUCACAUUAUUAUUAUUAUUAUUAUUAUUAUUAUUUUUUGCAGUUUUGUCAACAGAAACAAUAGUAAAAAAACUGUCAACUAAUCUUUAAGUUUUUAGAAUUAGGUCAAAAGAUUAGGAUAAGAUUAGGAUUAUUUCAGGGAUAAGUUUGACUUUGGAAAGCGAGUAGAGAUAAGCUUGAUUAGUCCUUCUUAUCGAGUGAACAAUACACUGGGUUUUUUCAGGUUUUCUUGUAUCAUUACUGCUCUCUCGUUUUGAUUUGUACUAAAUUUGUUCCUUACAUGUCUCAUUAAAGCAAUUUGAGAGCACAUUCUUCAUGAGGCAGUUGUGGCAUGAUUCACGUCUUCGAUAUGAUCAGUUUUACUCCAAGAGAAAUUUGACGCUUAAUGGAGACAUAAUGAAACAAAUCUGGAUCCCAGACACGUACGUCAACAACGAAAAAUCCAAAGUGGCUCCUGAACAGGAGUUCCUUCUCACAAUUUUUCCUGAUGGCAGGAUUAUUUACAGUCAACGGUAAUCUGUUAACUUAUACAACCAACGCAAAAAUGUCCGCUGGAUUGGUAUUUGUUUGUUUAAAUUGGAAUUAGUCUCACAAAAAUGAGGAAAGGUAUAACUCUUUUGAACUCUGACCCCAAGAACAAGGAUAGUAAGGCUCAUUUGAAUAUGGACAAAAGAAUAUGAAACUAGUGGCCAUUUAGGCUAAAUUAAAAUUUAGAUUAACUUCAAGUUUAAGGCUAAGUGCAAACGGGCGCAAAAACUCCCAACUUUGUCGGGAGUUGUCAGCCAACAAUGUUGCGUCCGUUUGCACAUCCAACAAUGUUGGGAGUUGUUGGUCAACAAUGUUGCGUCCGUUUGCACGCAGCCUAACCAAUCUACUUCUCCCUAGAAAUUUAGUCUCAGGGAAGAGACGGCAUUUUCCAUGUAAGGUUAUCAUAUAGUCUCCCUCGUACCCAGUCUAACACAUAUCUUGACAGUCUUUUUGCUUCUCCAUCCCGCUUAAUGAGCGUCACCCUAAUAUGCUCUGGUAGACCUUCUUCACCUUCUUCUCUGAGAGUAACCUGCCACAAAGUCAUUAGUAUAGCUCUUGCCUAGACCCUGUACGCGGUCUUCCCAGCCCCUCUCGGUCAAGCCAUGACUUUGAUGUAGCCGACCCAAACUCGGAUCACGUGAGCCGAAACGAAUAGGCUCUGUGGAAUAAUGAGGCCUAGGGACUAGGUAAUAUCCGAUCCAAAGCUGAUACCAUCCGAUGACGAUAUAUUUCAAUAAUAACUCUUUCGUCUGGCACUCGCAACAACUUUGCGCGUGUAUCACGCUUUUUUGUACAUUUUGUUUUCCGUCGCCGCGCAACCACAACGUGAAAGUGUCUAAUUUUACGUUUUAUCGAGGACGUGAAAGCAAGACAACGACUUUCUUUUUCUUUGCCCGAAAUUUUGAUACAGUAUUUUAGAAUUUGUCAAAUGUUGGCAAUUUAACUUCCCAAUAUUGGACGAAUUCAACGAGUUGGUAUGAACGCGAUAAAAAUUAAAGUAGCGCAAAUUCACUUUCUAAGCGAAGUUUUGGUAGCCUUCACGUUGUUGCUUAAGCUCCCCAUUGUCGAAUGAGAUUUAAGUAAUGUUGUUUGUUUGUAGAUUGACUGUGAUUGCUGCUUGCAAAAUGGAUCUACGGAAUUAUCCCAUGGAUAAACAAAACUGUAGUCUACUUUUUGAGAGUUGUAAGUAGAAAAACAAUACUAAAUAAUCUUGUAACUAGAGAAUGACUAACACCGGGAAUUCGUUUAUUGUAGGCACACCUUCCUCGAUCAGUAGAAUUCUUCAUUUCCUACUCAGCCUCAUUCACUAAUUGCUAUAAAUUAAUGUUUAAUGAGUGUCUUUAUAUCUGAUGUAGGCACGGCUGAACUUUACGUCCAAUCUUUUAGACCAAAACAACCCCAACCACUAGCCCAGUGUGCAAUUUCAUUAAAGCGUUCCACGCUCGAAUUUUUAACCAUUGACAAAACACGGCUGUUCAUGCUUUAAACAUCACAUAAACAAUGACUGCCUUCUGUUUCAGAUGGUAUGACGACAGCUGACUUAUAUUUCAAGUGGGAAAAUGUAAGCAGGGACAUGAAGUCAGCUGUAUCGAUAGGAGAAGAGCUUAUCAUGUCACAGUUUGCAGUGGAUGAUUUUAGCGUUCAGGAAAUAUCCGCCUCCUACGUCACAGGUACUUUCCGGCUUUUUUUGAGGGUUUUCGUUUCUCUUUUCCCUUCGCCAGUCAGGUAUUGGAAAUUAUAGGAUUGAGAAUAAGCAUGGAACACGAUGCAUUAUGGGAAGGAAACAUCCUAUGAUAUUAAGGGGGCCCUCUGCGGAUUAGUAACUACAUUCCUGGUCAUAAUUGUUGAAACGCUUUUAAAUUUCUCCUGCCCUACCCCAUUCAAUGUUGAUUUCCAAGACGUUAUGCUCAACGAAACCCGUGAAACCAACAUUGAGGAAGAAGAGGGAAACAAUAAGUGUACAAUUUGGUGGAACGACAUAUAGUUCAUCUUAAUUUUUCCGGAAGUGUUUCACUCACAAAUAAUGACCGAGGUUGUAGCACGUAGCUUUCCUGCUAAGAGAAGCUAAACAUAUUAUUCAAUUUAGCUGAUGACGAAAAGUCCUACGGCUAUCAGAAUGGAUGUACUCUACCUUUUCAUUUCUAUUCCAGGAACUUUCUCUAUGCUGAAAUUAACUUUCCACAUCAGACGAAAGAAGUUUUACUACGUCGUUUCGAUAUACAUUCCCACAAUCCUUAUCACCAUUCUAAGCUGGGUGUCCUUUUGGAUUCCACGUAGCUCGCCUCCCGCUCGGGUCGCUCUCGGAAUCACGACAGUCCUGGCCCUGACGACUCUAAUUUUCGGACUUCAAUCGUCGAUGCCGAAGGUGAGCUAUGUCAAGGCUAUUGACUGGUUUCUCUGUGUCUCCUUCCUCUACGUGUUCGCCGCCUUGGUGGAGUAUCCGAGUUCCACUUUCGUCACUUCUCAAGCCAAGAAGCUGACAAGAAAGGGGACCGACAUCCUUCGAAAGGUGAAAGGCCUGAAAGAUGAUCCUGAAGAUUUUCCGCUCUCGGGGACUCGAUAUGGCAGCACCGACAAACAACGGGUGAGUGAAACUCCACCCUGUCAAACUUAGCCUGCAUCGUAGCGCUUUCGCCACUACGCCAUUUCUAUUAACAAGUUCUCGCCUGCUUUCAUAUUUUUCAGGAAGACAAUUCUGAUCUUCGAAAGCUUACGAGGAACAAAACCGGACACGCGAACGGUGGUUUUGAACAUUCAGAGAUGGAAAACAGCGUGGAUGGAGACCGCGACCGCGCCUACCCUCGGCAGAGACAUUCUUCUCAACAGCUACUCGACGAUGAAGACGGGGAUUUUGUUCAUAACUUUCAAGGCAUUAACGUUGUAGAUAAAUAUGCAAGAAUUGUAUUUCCUGUUUCGUAUCUUCUAUUUAACAUCUGUUACUGGAUUGUUUAUUUAUCUGCGUGA